AUGAGUGACGAGGCAUUUGCCCUCAUGCUACUUGAGAACUAUGAGAGUCGUUGGAGGAAACAGCAUGAGGAUCCCAAAUCAGCAAGACUCCGAGGUAAGGAACAUGCUGCUAUAAGCAAGGAGUUCAAGGCCAAAUUCACAUCAAGUGACAAUGGCUUGAAGCUGAAGUCAUCUGGUUGGAGUCGACAGGGAAUUGAAAGCUACAACGAGAAGUUGAGUUCAAUUGGUAAGUUAAGAAGGCAAUCCCGCACAGGGGCGGCCCUAGAAGAGUACGAAGUGUGGACAAUGUGCGGUGGAGCAGAUAUUUAUGUAAAGGGCACAGUGCCUCCUACAGCAAAUAAGAGACAGAUACCUAUUGCUGAAGGAUCGCUGGCUGUCCUUCCUGAAGCAUUUGAAAGUAUGUUUGCAGAGGUCUAG